GAGAGUCACUUGGCCCUAUGUCAGCCAUGUAUGUGUUUAAUUGGUAGCGUAACACUUCAUAUGUGUGGCAACUCGCUGCUGCUUCUCAAAUCAGAGUCAUCAGGCCUAAUACAGGGCUCUCAUUAGUCCUAGGACUGCAAAGUAGGUGUAGCUGAACAUUGUUGCGAAAAGAUCUGCAGUUCAACAACAACAUGGGCGUUUUGCUGAGAGCGGUGAUGCGGUGGGUUAUACUACGCCGUCUCUUGGCGUACGCAAUCGGCUGUGUGUAUGCUGUACCAGUAGUAUCUAUGGUCUUCGUUUCCCUUCUGAGAUCUAGAGGGGCAAUUCUGCGCAAAAAAAGGCAUGACAAAAAACCGGAAUGCCUGGAGGAUCCGGAGUAUGGAGAACAUAGGCUCGCCCAGGUCAAGGAUGUGCACAUCCAUUACGUAGUGGCUGGGAAUGAAGGCAAGCCUUUGAUGGUUUUUGUUCACGGAUUCCCCGAAUUCUGGUUCUCAUGGAGACAUCAGAUCAAAGAGUUCAAAAAGAAUUACAGGGUUGUUGCGAUUGACCAGCGAGGUUACAACACAUCGAGCAAACCUUUGGGAGUACUGAACUACACAGUGGAUAAACUCGUGGACGAUGUCAGUCAACUCAUCACAGCCCUGGGCUAUAACAAAUGUAUUCUGGUAGGUCACGACUGGGGCGGCGUCACGUGUUGGGGCGUGGCCAUGAAGUACCCGGAUCUAGUGGAGAGGCUGAUUAUCAUGAAUGCUCCUCACCCGAGCACAUUCCUGCCUUAUCUGAGCUCCACAUGGACCCAGUUCCGCAAAUCCUGGUAUAUGUUUCUUUUCCAAUUACCAUACCUACCAGAAUUUCUCUAUCGAUCAGACGACAUGAGAAGUCUGAACCGCAUCUUUUUGGGACGUAGGGCAGGCGUGAAGUCGGGCAAAAUGAGCAAGGAAGAUGUGGAGGCGUAUAAAUAUGUUUUUUCAGCCAAAGGUUCCUUCACUUUCCCCAUCAACUACAUCCGGGCAAUGACGCGCACGCGCCGUAUCAUCAGCGCUGAUGACCAGGUCACGUGCCCUACCCUGGUCCUGUGGGGGGACGCGGACCAGUUCCUGGACACUGGUCUCAUCCAACUCGCUGCUCCCUACGUACCCAAGUUAGACGUUCAGAUCAUUAAAGGCGCUAGUCAUUGGGUACAGAUGGACCAACCAGAAGCUGUGAAUAGCCACAUUAGUGACUUUCUUGUUAGAAAGUAAGAAAAAACAGCAACUCCCAGCUGAGAGAGAACGAGAGCAUGGAGAGAGAGCAGUGUUAAUAUGAGAAUAAUUAAGACAUCGUGUAAACUACGUGUGUGUAAUGUAGGUGAUUGGGUAACUGAAGAUAACUGUAUAAUGUUGAUGACGAAAUAAUGGAUGAUAAUGUGUGUGGUGUUGAUGACGUGAUAAGUGAGUGAUGUGGGAAUGCACCAUGGUGACGGCAUAAUUUAAGACUUAAUGACGGGAAACACUGACGUGUGUACUGAUGAGAAAAUUGAGGUUGACGUGUGUACUGACGAUGACGGGAUAAUUGGGGAUGACGUGUGUACGGUUGUUGGCGGGAUAAUUGAGGAUGAGGUGUGUACGGUUGUUGACUAGAUGACAGGAGAUCAGAUUUUAUAUCGUUUUACAUAUUACAGUAUAUUACAAUACAAUUGUUGUGUGUUGAAAAGAAACUAUUUUUAAUUUUUGGAAUUUUGGCUGUAAAAAUAGAUAUGUUCAAGUUUCAUCUCGGGCGAAAUCGUUUAACAUCCAUAAACCUUAUGUAUUCAUAUAUAAAAAGGCCAAUUCCAUGCUAAAGACAACUAGUCAUCAUGAAAGGACUUUGCCAAUGUCUUUUUGUCGACAUCAGCAAAUCAGAUUUCGAUCUAUAAAUUCUAAAAUACUCACCAGGAGUACAGCAACUGGUCUUCACGAAAGUUGAAAGUUUACGAACAUAUGUCACCUAUGAAAUAGGUAUAUAUAUACCGUAUAUAUGUAACACGAUAAUUUUCCCAAGCGUAUUUCUUGUUUAAAUUGAACUGUUAAAUCCAACAUUCGAAUAAACAUUGUGGCUUAAACGAAGCUCACUCUAAAUUGGCAAUGGAGGUAGGCCUACAUUUCUGGCACAAUCAUGAUGCAAAUUCCCAUGCACAAAAUCCAUAACUCUCACCAUAAUGCUGGCCACAGUCGUAUAAGUGAAUUUUUUUCGAGAACGCCCUAAAACACCAAUCAAAUGAAUAAAUAAAUAAACAAACCAAAAUCCAACAUAUCCGAUAUGUGAGAUAUGUGAGGUGAGGUUAUGCAGAGAUAAUA